AUGAAAGAUCAUCCAGAAUUAACAAAUUCAAGACCGGAAUUUAAAAAAAUACCCGAAGAACUAAAUGAGCACCUAGAAGCUUUGGGAGCUCCUCAUAUAAAUUCUUUUAAUGAAAUGCUUAGUUAUGGUCUGCAAAAUGUGGUAAAACAUAUGCAACCACAACACUUUGAAACGUCAGUGGGAGAAAGAGUUGAGUUAAAUGUUCAAGAUAUUAGAAUUAGCAAGCCAGAGGUUCCGUCAACUGUUUUCGACGUAAAGGAUCGCAAUAUUUACCCUGCUGAGACAAGACAAUUGCAACAGACGUAUGGCGGUACGUGUUUCAUAAAGUUAAGCUGGAAGGUCAACGGUACGACGAAAGAACCUAUUGAUAUAGACCUCGGUGAAAUUCCCGUAAUGCUUAAAUCUAAAAUUUGCAAUCUGGGACCGUUAAAACCAGCAGAAAUGAUAAAGCGCGGGGAACACGAUUCUGAAUGGGGUGGCAUUUUUAUAAUAAAAGGUCACGAGAAAAUCAUAAGAAUGUUGCAAAUGACACGCCGCAAUUACCCAAUAGCUAUUGAACGUUCGUCUUGGAAAGAUCGCGGUGCUCAUUUUUCAGAAAUAGGCGUGUUGAUACGUUCAGUACGUGAUGAUGAGACAUCAUACAAUAAUGUUUUGCAUCACCUCACUAAUGGUACAUGCAAAUUGAUGAUUUCCAAUUUGAAAUUUAUGGCCUACGUGCCCGUAUGCUUGAUCAUGAAAUGCCUGGUCAAUUAUACCGACCACGAGAUUUACGUGCGUUUGGUACGUGGUUACGAACAAGAUCAAUACUAUCUGUGUUGCAUUCGUGAAAUGCUCAGAGAUAUACACGAAGAAGGUUUGCAUAAUAUCAAGGAUUGUAAAGAGUACUUGGGUAAGGUAUUUCGCUCGAGAUUCCCGGAAUUACCAACGUGGGCAACAGAGACUGAAAUUGCUGAUUUCAUACUAUCGCAGCGCGUAUUGAUUCAUUUGCAGAAAUACGCAGACAAAUUUAACUUACUCGUGUUUAUGGUGCAAAAACUUUAUGAAUGCGUGCGGGGAAAUGCGAAAAUUGAAAACGUUGAUUCAGUGAUGAUGCAGGAUGUGCUAACACCGGGUCAUUUGUAUCAAAAAUUCUUAGCGGAUCGCAUCGACUUGUGGUUAUCGUAUGCGACAAAGACUAUACUUAAGAAAUUAGAGACGCCGGGUACGUUAUUGGAUGAAAAACUAAUGGUUGCUUCUCUACGUAGUAGUGCAGGAAUUUCGCGAGCCAUGGAAUCGUUUUUGGCUACCGGUAAUGCACCAUCACGUAGUGGUUUAGGAUUGACCCAGAGUAGCGGUUUGGUGGUUAUGGCGGAGAACAUCAAUCGUAUGCGGUAUAUGUCACAUUUUCGGGCCGUGCAUCGCGGUUCGUUUUUCACCACAAUGAGAACAACUGAAGCACGUCAAUUGUUACCGGAUGCAUGGGGUUUUGUAUGUCCUGUUCAUACUCCAGACGGCACACCUUGUGGUCUUUUAAAUCAUUUGACAGUGAAAUGUCGUGUGUCGGGGGUACCCGAUAGAAAACAAGUAAAAGUCAUACCGAAAGCUCUAAUUAGCAUGGGCAUGAUCCCGGUAGAUUCCAAUUUAUAUGAUCCAAACGCCAAAAUGUUCGUGGUACUUUUAGAAGGUAAACAUUUAGGUUACAUACGUCAGGCAGAUGGUGUGAAAAUUGUUGAUAAUUUGAGAGCCUUAAAAAUCGCCGGGAAAUUGCCCGAAAUGUUGGAAAUCGCAUACGUACCAUACAAAGAAAAGGGACAAUUCCCCGGCUUGUUUUUGUUCGUGGGACCCGCUCGCCUCAUGCGCCCUGUGCGAAAUUUGACUUUUAAUCAAAUUGAGUAUAUUGGUUCGUUCGAGCAGGUAUACAUGGAGAUAGCUAUCGAUCCCGCCGAAGCCUAUCCAAAUUUCACUACACAUCUUGAGCUAUCGAAAGUAGAUUUUCUUAGUAAUUUAGCUAACCUUAUACCUCUACCAGACUACAACCAAUCGCCACGUAACAUGUAUCAGUGUCAAAUGGCUAAGCAGACGAUGGGUACACCGUGCUUGAAUUGGCCUAAGCAAGCUGGCACCAAAAUGUAUCGUCUGCAGACUCCGGCUGCACCUUUAUUUCGCCCUGUACAUUACGACAAUGUGGGCUUAGACGAUUUUGCCAUGGGCACUAAUGCAAUUGUGGCGGUUAUUUCUUAUACCGGCUAUGAUAUGGAGGAUGCCAUGAUUAUAAAUAAGUCUGCCUAUGAACGUGGUUUCGCUCACGGUAGCAUCUAUAAAUCAAAAUUUUUUGAAUUGAGUGGAACUUGCUAUUUUGCUCGUAACCCGCACAUGCCAGAGCUUCGCGAACGUUUAGAUAAUGACGGCUUACCUCAUCCGGGCAGCAGACUUGAGUAUGAUGGCCCACUUUAUUGUUACUAUGACACUGAGCAAUCCAUCUAUAAAGUUGUUAAUUUUGAAGAAAAAGAAGAAACUUACGUGGAUAGUGUUCGUUAUUGUGGUAGUUUCAAUGUUAAAAGCCCGCGAAUGGUAUGCAUUACUUUGCGUUUACCUAGGCGGCCUAAUAUCGGUGAUAAAUUUGCCUCGCGUGCCGGUCAAAAGGGUAUUUGUUCGCAGAAAUAUCCCGCUGAAGAUUUGCCAUUUACCGAAACCGGACUUAUACCCGAUCUUGUGUUUAAUCCUCAUGGCUUUCCAUCUCGUAUGACGAUUGCUAUGAUGAUUGAAACAAUGGCUGGUAAGAGCGCAGCCAUUCAUGGUAUGGUCCAUGAUGCGACACCUUUUCGUUUUUCGGAAAAACAUACAGCAAUAGACUAUUUCGGUAAACUACUGGAAGCUGGCGGUUACGAUUACUACGGCAAUGAGCGUCUUUAUUCCGGUGUAGAUGGCCGCGAAUUAACUGCGGAAAUAUUUUGUGGUGUUGUGCAUUAUCAGCGCUUACGUCAUAUGGUAUUUGAUAAGUGGCAGGUACGUUCUACUGGCCCAGUAGAUCCAUUAACGCAGCAACCUAUUAAGGGUCGUCAACGUGGUGGUGGUGUACGGUUUGGUGAAAUGGAGCGAGACGCUCUACUAGCACAUGGUGCUGCAUUUUUGCUGCAAGAUCGCCUUUUCCAUAACUCUGAUAAAACGCAAGUGCUAGCUUGUCAUAAGUGCGGUAAUAUACUUUCGACUCAGAAUAGGAUGCUAACACGUAAUACGGGACGUUUCGAAUCCGCACCAGAAAUUUGUCGUUUAUGUGGUAAAAGUGAUGAACUCGGUCAAAUAGAAAUUCCCUACUCUUUUAAAUAUCUGAUAACAGAAUUAGCCUCGGUCAAUAUAAAUGCACGGCUCAAUUUAAAAAAACUAUAAAAAUCGUAGUUAAAAGUAGGAUAUUAUUUUCUGUUUUUCUUAUGCUUAUGUUCAGACGUUUACGAAAACAAUCAGGGUCAAUAAUAAAAUGUAAUUAAGUUGAGACUAGAAAACUUCAUAGACUUUUUUAUAUUAAUAGAGAAUAUUUUUUCGAUAUACUCGUAUUAAAAUGAUAUGUAAAUGAAAUCACUAAUAAAGGAAACCAUUUAAUUUA